AUGACCUCACAAAAGACCAUCGCCAUCAUCGGCACCACCGGCUUCCUAGGCCCCUACAUCACCGCCUCUCUCCUCCAAAAGCAUCCCCACACCACCAUCCUCUGCCUAAACCGUAGCAAAGACGCAGAACAACGCACCACCUCGACUCUCACCCACAUCAGCAACGAAGACCUAACCCGCCUCACCUUCCUAACAACCGACAUCACACUCCCCAACCUCGGUCUACCCCCCACCCAAUACACACACUUCGCAACCAGCGUAUCGGAAAUCGUUUUCAAUGCGUGGAACGCGAAUUGGGCGACGCCUCUCAUCGGCUACCUGCCGCUCCUCAAUGCUGUUCAACAUGUUAUCACCGCAUGUAUUGCCAGUCCCCUAAACCCGCGUAUCGUCUUCAUGUCGUCGAAUACCUCGAUAAUGAACCACCCAACCCAGCACCCCAGCACCCCACUCAUCCCCGAAGUCCCCGCCUGGGACUUCGCCAGCGCAGCGAACACGGGGUAUGGCCAGAGUAAAUGUCUCGCGGAGCAACUUCUCGCGCGCGCAGGAAAGGAGCAUGGGUUACGCGUGGCUAUCAUACGCGCAGGCCAGAUCGGUGGUGCAUCGUCCGCCAUACCCAAUGCGCCGCAGUGGCCGAUUCAGGGUUGGUUAUACGUCAUAUUCAAGACGGCACAAAAGCUGGGGUAUUGGCCCGUGAGGAUGAAUGCAGUGGAUUGGAUUCCUGUUGAUACACUCGCUGAGGGUAUCACUAACAUCACCUUAUCCCAACAAAGCACAUCUACAGACAAUGUUAAAGUCUACAACCUGAUGCACCCCCGUCCCGCGCCUUGGGAGCUGCUGCAAAAAGUGCUGGUGGAGCGAUUUGGACUUGAGGUGAGGGAGUGUAGUUUGCCGCAGUGGUUGGGGAUGUUGGAUCCGAAGACGUUCAAGAUGCAUGCGUUUUUGAUGGAGGCGGGGGAGGGGAGGGAGGGUGAGGCGAUGGUAUUCAGGAAUGAGAAUGCGAUGGAGGUUUUGCCCGAGGUGGAGGAUGUUACCGAGGAGCUUGUGGAGAGGUGGUUGAGGGGGUGGGGUUUGAAGUUGGGGGAGGUGAGGGCGAGGCUUUGA